AUGCCCCCUCGGCCGCAUCGUGAAGACGCGGUUGCUAAUACGAAUACAAUAUUUGGGUACAUCGCGGAAGGGAAGUUGUAUGGCGUGAAGCCCAAGUUUGCGAUGUUCAAAGACACGUUGGUGAGGAUAGUCCCCAGAGAGUUCGAUCCGAAGAGCUGUGGUCGGCCGAGGCGAUUGGGGAAGGGUGCUGUUCGACAGGAGAGACCGAAGGGCAUCUCUCGAGAGGACUGGAAAAGAAGGUAUGUUAUUUGGAGUCGCUAUGAUGAAGGGAUCGAAAUGGACGAGGCGGCAUGGUUCGAAGUGACGCCUGAGAACAUUGCCCGAUUUACAGCAGAGGAGAUAUAUUCGCGCUAUGGUGAUGGCGUCGAGGUUGUUGAUGGAUGUGCUGGAGUAGGAGGCAACGCUAUACAGCUCGCGAGAAGGGACAGGAAGGGGGGUAGAGUUGUAGCAUGUGAUAUUGAGAAGAGCAGACUCGAGAUCGCUAGGCACAACGCGGAGGUGUAUGGCAUCUCUAGUGAUAGAAUUAAGUAUGUUGAAGGGGAUGUCAGAGGGUGCCAACCUAGUGGUAGUGAAUCAGUAUUGUUUUUAUCGCCUCCUUGGGGCGGUCGUAGUUGCUAUACCUCCCAGGUGUAUGACCCUGCAAGCUGUGAGUUGACGGAUUGGGCGACCGGUCCAGCAUGUCGGUUUGGUCGAGUCCUCCUCUACCUGCCUCGCCAUACUGAUAUCAACGCUUUGGUGAAGAUGUGCAUGCGUGCAUGUCCGAUACCACUCCUUGAGAUACUCGUGAUUCGGUACACCAGUCCAGACCCUCACACCAAAGCCCUACUAAUGGUGAUAGACCGGAAGGCGUCGCCUCGACUUCCCCUCCCUCCCUUAGUGUUUUGGCGUGGCUCGGUGGGUGCUGCCCUGUUGAGGACCCUCCUUACUAGGCUGCCCUUGGUGGGGACCCUUGGGGGCAUGGCGGCAUCGAUAGCAGGAGACGAGCUGGAUGUGGUCGAUGAGCUGAUCAAGUGUUUGGCCCGGAGGCUAGGUGUGGGGAAGGAGGAGUUCAUGGAGGCGUUAGAGCGUGGGGGGAUGAGAGAACUCCGACUGUGUCGAGUCGCUGGGGCGGUAAGGCAGGCAGAGGGCAAGGAGGAUGUUAUUCAAAAGUUACUCAGUUCUCUAACGUGACUCC